AGAACAAAAGGUUUAUAGAAAGAAAGAGAAAGAAAUGGCAAAAGCUUCUGUGAUCUCCCUUCUUUCCUUAUUUAUUUGCAUUUUCUCCUCACUCAGCUUUGCCUAUGCUUCAGCUUCAGCUCCAGCUCCAGCUCCAUCAUCCAAUCAACAAAUGAGAUUCGAGGUCUUAGGUCAUGUUUAUUGCGACACUUGUCGUGUUGAAUUUGAGACAUCUAUCAGCGAACCUAUUCCCGGUGCAACGGUGAGGUUAGAAUGUAGGAAUCGUACCGACGAAAAGAUCACUUAUCAAAGUCCAGAAAUAACGGCCGGUGAUAAAGGAAACUAUAAAAUCCAAGUGACGGGCGAUUAUGAAGAAUCAGAUUGUGAUGUAAUGCUAGUGAAGAGUCCCAGAUCAGAUUGCAAUGAUCCCACCGAAGAGUGGAGGAAAGCCAGGGUGGUUCUCACCACAUUGGAUGGGGUUUCGGGUGAAAUUCGCUUUGCCAACAACCUUGGGUUUAAAAAAAAGGACGCUCUUCCCGAAUGUACCAAAGUUUUAACAGAAAUGGGUUACUUUGAACUUCAAAAAGAACUUGGAAGCGAAGCUGUUUGAGGAAAUAUGUUGUGUAAGUUGGACUUUUUCCAUGAAUUGGAUAAUUAUGAUUAUCCUUAUGUAUAUUCAUAAUUUAUUCAAUUGUCUACUAAUAAACUCAUGAAAGGAAAAAAACCCUACUUUAUUAGCUUUUUAAAACUAUAAACCUUCAAAAG